ACUCUAAACGCGUUCACUGCUGUUGUUGCAGGGGAGUCCGCGCGCUAAGCUAACGUUAGCCGCAGCUAGCUCCUGCUAACGCGUGUUAUCGUGUUGUAAACGUUCCGUAUUUUGUUCCCAAAAUGCAGGUCGGGGAGAAGUCGAAGAGAGGCACUUCAACAUGAACUCUGAGAGGAAACUGUCAGCGGACCAACGGAGAGCUUUACCUUCAGAUGUCCAGAAAGUGAUUGUUGGUGAAGAACAUCUGCAGGCGUGGAGCUCCUGUCUGGACCAGGAGGACACAAAGCCCCCAGACAUUAAAGAGGAACAGGAGGACCUCCAGAUCAUUCAGGAGGGAGAGCAGCUUCAAGGGCUGGAGGAGGCUGAUAUCACUAAGUUCCCAGUCACUCUUGUCCCUGUGAAGAGAGAAGAUGAUGAAGACGUCUCACAGCUUCAUCAAAGACAAACUGAAAAGAUGAAAACAGAAGCAGCCAUGAACUCAGAUCCAGAUACACAUUUACAACUAAAUACCGAUGACAAGACUGGAGAAUAUUCUGAACCUGAGACUGACGACAGUAAUGAUUGGAAGGAGACCAGCAAAACUCAGUCAGGUUUAAACUCUCUGAAUAAUGAUGUAGUCCCUGUUUCGAGUUGUAGUUCUGGUGAACCAUUUAGCUGCUCUGAGUGUGGGAAAAUAUUUUGCAACAAUAGAAAUCUGAAGAGACACAUAAGAGCUCACACAGGAGAGAAACCAUUUAGCUGCUCAAUAUGUAAGACAUCUUUUACACGGAGUGGAAGUUUACAGAAACACAUAAGAAGCCACACGGGAGAGAGACCAUUUAGCUGCUCAGUCUGUAAGAAGACUUUUACACGGAGUGAAGGUUUACAGAAGCACAUGAUGAUACACACAGGAGAGAAACGAUUAAGCUGCUCGUUCUGUAAGAAAACGUUUAUACAAAGUGGAAAUUUACAGGCACACAUGAGAAUCCACAAAGGAGAGAAACCAUUUAGCUGCUCAGUCUGUAGAAAAGCUUUUACAGUGAAUGGAAAUUUAAAGAAACACAUGAGAAUCCACACAGGAGAGAAACCAUACAGCUGCUCAGUCUGUAAGAAAGCUUUUACACAGAAUGGAAGUUUACAGGCACACAUGAGAAUCCACAAAGGAGAGAAACGAUUCAGCUGCUCCGUCUGCAGGAAAGCUUUUACAAAGAAUAAAAAUUUACAGAACCACAUGGUAAUCCACACAGGAAAGAAACCAUUUAGCUGUGAGGAGUGGAGCUCCAGCCUGGAAGGAGAGGAGAACCUCAGUCAGGUUUAAACAC